AUGGUGAUAGCUUCCUCAGACAGAAGGUGGAGAUGGAGCCCUUCAUGGAUUCUCAUUGUGGCACCAGAGGAGGCAAGCCAGAAGACGGCGCCAACUAGGUUAGUGAAGGCAGCACCAAGUGUGCGCUUGGCAAUGCGCAUGGUGUGGGUAAGAGCGGAGUGGCAGACGAUGCCCAUGGUGUGGGUUGGGGUGACACCAAAGUGGCGUGCGGCACCCAUUGCGCGGCUGGUGACGCCCUACACUGACACCGGCUACGAGGAAGACAUGGGAGACAUUAGGGGUGCUGGUGGAGACACCAGCGACAACUGGAGUGAUGUCUCGACUGAAGGUGACUUGGGUGAUGCAAGCGAAACCCUAGGCAAAAUAGGAAGACUUGGCGAUGGUACCCCAGGUGCAGGUGACACGCUGGGCGGCAACACCCUAGGCGAAAGCAGGGAAAAUGAUGGCCAAGCUAGAGACGCCUUCAGCAUUGGCGUAGUUAGUGGCACCUUGGGGUUUGGCGCAAACACGAUGCUAGACGCUGGUGCUUGGGGAGUGUUGAGUAACUUGGGCUCAGACAGGCAGUUCUGGUGUUAG